UGUAUUAGUAUACGAUUUCUAGCAAUAGUCGGAUUGCGGAGAGUCGUUCACCGAAACCACAGUUGCAUAGAUGUGGAAAAAAAGCCCUCAGAGGUAACAUUGCUUGUCGCUGGGGAAAACUAUUCAAGUUUUAAUCAUGUGGCGCAUACUGUCUCCCGUGAUAGAAUACCUAUUAGCACACCCUUAUCUCUUCGUCGGUGGUUUCCUUCUGUAUGUUUUCAUAUUUUUUCUUGUCGUUGCUGAUGAAUGGCAAAAAAACCAGGACCAAACCCAUUUUCGCGAAGCUCCUGUACAGCCAGCGAAACCACUGGUGACUGACAGCAAGAAGAGAGACCAAGUCCUCAAACAAGGCUUCAGCCCUCAAAAAGUUCCUGAUGACCUGGAUGCCAUCAUUGUGGGCAGUGGUAUGGGAGGCUUGAGUACAGCUGUCAUGCUGGCUAAGGCGGGCAAGAAGGUACUGGUGUUAGAGCAGCAUGAUCAGGCUGGAGGGUGCUGUCACACCUUCAUAGAGAAGGGCUUCGAGUUUGAUGUCGGUGUCCAUUACAUUGGUGAGAUGAGAGGUACAACACUCAUCAAAUGUGUGACAGAUUUUGUGACUGAUGGCCAGCUUGUCUGGGAUUCUAUGGGCAGUGUAUUUGAUGAAGUGGCGCUUGGUGACCCGGCUAAAGCAAAACGUUAUCCAUUGCGGAGUGGAAAGGAUGAGUUUCGUCAGUGUCUAGUAGAGAAAUUCCCUGAUGAAGUACCUGCCAUUGAUAAGUUCCUGGAAAUGGUGAAUAAAUGCCAUGGCAGCACACUGAUGUUCGUCUUACUGAAGAGCCUACCUGUAUUUCUGUCCAGACUGUUGGUCAAGACUGGCCUAGUCCAUCUUGUGUCCAACUACUUCAAAUACAGCACCAUGUGUCUUCAGUCCACGCUGGAUGAACUGACAACCAACCCUGACCUAAAGGCCGUGCUGUCUUACAGUUUUGGGGAUUAUGGUGUUGUCCCAAAGAAAGCAGGCUUUGCCAUGCAGGCGUCACUGGUCAAUCACUAUGUGCGAGGCAGCUACUAUCCACGAGGAGGUGCCAGCGAAAUCGCAUAUCACAUGAUCCCCAUCAUCGAACGAAGCGGAGGACGAGUUUUGGUGCGGGCGCCGGUGACCAAAAUCCUGUGUACAGGGAAAGGCAGGGCAGGAGGUGUGCGUGUUCGUAAAGGACAGAAUGAGUAUGACUUCUAUGCUCCGUACAUUAUAUCAGCCACAGGGGUCUGCUCUACCGUGACUAAACUCCUGCCCAAAGAGGUCGCCUCCAAGUCAGUGUUGUCCACCCUCCUCACCAAAGUGGAGCCUGGAGCUGCCUGUAUGUCUAUGUUUAUUGGGCUUAGGGGCAGCCCCGAAGAGCUCAAAUUACCCAAGUUCAACACCUGGGCAUUCACACAAAAUGAUUUCGAUAACUCUGUGGAGGAAUACCUGGCUCUCAGCGGCGAAGAAGCUGCCAAGGCCGAAGUACCUUUGCUGUUCAUAUCCUUCCCCUCGAGCAAAGAUUCCAGUCACAAUGAGAGAUACCCAGGUAAAAGUACCUGUACUCUGGUGACCUUUGCAAACUGGAACUGGUUUGAGGAAUGGCAGAGCGAGCGUGUGAAGCACCGUGGGGCUGCCUACGAGGAAAUCAAGAACGGGAUUGGGGAGCAGAUGCUGAAACAGACCAUGGCACUCUAUCCACAGCUGGAAGGACGGAUUGAAUACAUGGAAGUGGGCACUCCGCUGUCUAACAACUACUACAUCGGCUCCCUAAGGGGUGAGAUUUAUGGGCUAGAGCACAGCAAGACACGUUUCUCCCCUGAGUCUGUCAUCAGCCUGCGGCCUAAGACCGACAUCCCAGGUCUGAUUCUCGCAGGUCAGGACGUGUUCACCUGUGGAGUGGUGGGGGCCAUGUUUGGGGGCGUGGGGGCGGCAUCAGCAGUACUGCACCGAAAUCUCUUCAGGGAUGCCCUCGCCUACAAGAAGCAGGUUGAUGCCGGCUGCUGGAAGAACAAAGAUGACUAAGACGCCUUCCCUUUAUUUUUAAGGGAAUAAAACCGGUGAUCAUGUUAGUUUGUAUCUGUAUAAUUCAGGUCAGCAGUAAUAAGAGAAUUGUCAUUUUUAGACAGCAGGUAUCACCUUUGCAAUUUUCAUUAAUUUGACAUGAUUUUCAAUGCACGGAAGUCCCAUCAGUGCGAUGUAUAUUCUCAGGACGAUUGAAAAUUGUAUAUCAGAUAUUGAUUUAUCAUAAGUACAUGUAACUGAGAAGCAGUUGCAAUCAUUGUCUGUGGCCUGGAGCCACUUUUUUGUAAAUGACCUUGCUAUGGUUACAUAAGGCAAGGAGGUUUACGAAAAAUGUUCGAAAAAAAUUGAUGCAAACUUUUGUGAAAUUUGGGCCCUGAAAUUUGUCCAAACUAAGUUUGUGUCGGUUUCACAAGUGUGUUUUAUUUCUUUAUUUUCCUAUUCAUGUUUUAAGUUCAGAAUUUAAGUGGUAUCAUUUAUGGUUAUAAUGUUAGCAACAGAAUCCUGUUUUUGGUCGUUUCCACUGGUGAUGCUGCUUUUGUUUCAAAUGUGGUGUUUCAGAUGUGUUUUCAGAUGUGUAUCCGGUGCCGAGGUUGAAUGAUUAUCGAGACUUAAUACAGAAUUGUAUUAAACAUUGUUUGAAGCUGUAUUUUAUUUAUUCAGUUCUUAAGAUUUUCACACAUACGUAAAUUUAUGUGUAAAUAGUUACAGAUAUGGCAUAUUUAGACGUGUGAUAUUUUUUUUUUAAACCAUGAAGCCAUUUUCAUUAAAUUUACUAGU